GUCUCAUUUGCGGCUCACCAUAAGCUUCCCUGGGGUAUUGCCCCAAUGGUUGCCAUGAUCCUCGCCCCAACCAAUUGAAAGUCCAUUCAUUCGUCAGCUGACUCAGCUCCACUCCCACUCCUUGAAAUCAAAGAAAUAAAAAUGAGAAGAGCGUUGGCGCCUCCCUUCUUCCUCCGACCCCCUUUCUCCAAACCCUCCCCCUUCUACCUCUCCAUCGCUUCCUCUCCUCCUCUGCCGAAGCCCUCGGCUUCCCUCACCGAGGAGGAGCUCGCCGAGGUCCACCGGCUCGUCCCCCGCCUCUGCGACGCCGGCCGCCACGCCGACGCCGUCCGCCUCCUCGACGCCUGCCUCCUCGCCGGCCCUCCCCUCGCCGCCCUCCCCGCCUCCGCCCUCGCCGACCGCCUCGCCUCCCACCCCGACCUCACGCCCUCCAUGGCCCUCCUCACCGCCCUCAAGCACCACCCCCGACGCCCCUCCCCCCUUCCCUUCUGCUCCCCUCUCCUCUCCGCCUUCUUCGAGAAGCGCCGCCCCAAGGAGGCCGCCAAGGUGUUCGCUUGGCUCUGCCGGCCCGACUCCCCCUGCCGUCCGGAUCCCGAGGUCUACCGGAUUGCGAUCGGAGGGUUUUGUAGGCUCGGGAGGAUGGUGGAUGCUCUGCGGGCGGUCAAGGAGAUGGUGGGGGAUGGGGUCUCGCCGGGGACCGAUUUGAGGGAGGCGGUGUAUCGAGGAAUGCUGCAUGAGGCUCGGAUCGAUGAGGCCCGGGAGCUGGAUGCUGCUUUGAAGUGCAUUGAGGAGGAGGGAAAUGGAUUUGGUGGUGCCGUGGAGGUGCUCGAUCGGUUGAUUAGGGAGUGGGAAGAAUGAUGCAACGUAAACUUUGACUGAUGGUAGAGCUGGGGCUAGACAGAAUCGUCAUGAAGGUCCCUUACUCUCACCAAUAUCAUGAGAUGGAGUGAGCAAGCCCCUUGGAGGAUGUGCGCGUCCAUGGGACUCCUAGGCUCCCUUGGGGUGAAUCAUAUAUCUGGACAAUUGUGCGUACUUCUAUAGAAGCCAGCAAACUGGUGGACUGGGCUGCAAACAUGAACUUUUUGCUAAUUUUUUUGACUCUGCUGAGUAUGCUCUGAGAGCUGUCAAUUGUGGUUCAAAUAAGUGGAUAUAGAUUUUGCUAUUAAGGUUAAAGAGUUUUACUGCUUGGGUGGUGAUGGCUUCCAUCCAGGUUGGCAAAAGUUCGCUGGAGAAUCAUGUGAUUUGGAGAUCCUCAGCCUCGGAUCAAAAAGAGCCUAUAUUAUUUUAUAUUAUUUAAAUUAU